AUGGGACGACCGUUCAGAGUUCUGCCGGUCUUCAGUCUCGUGUUGGUCUUCAGUCUUGUGUUGGUCACUAACGUUCAAGUGAAUCUUCAAGAAACAAACCAUUUCCUCUUCGCUGCUCCUGGAGACAACAUCACUCUGCCCUGUUUCGACAAAGCUACUGGGAGCUGUAAUGAAGCACACAGCGUUCACUGGUUCAAGAAGUCUGAAGAAUCCACAGCAGGAGUUCUCUACAGUCGUGGGAAUAGUAGUGAUCAGUGCGAGAAAAGCACGGACAGUCGAACAAACUCCUGCUUCUACGACCUCCACAUUCAUAACGUGAGCUCAGAUCAAACUGGGACGUACUACUGCGCUGUGGCCGCCUGUGGACAAGUCCUGUUUGGGAACGGGACCAGGGUCAGGAUCAGAGACGGAGUGGAUCCCAUCCUCUACAUCCUGAGUGCAGCUUUGGGUCUGUCCUCGGUCCUGGUUCUGGUUCUGACUGUAGCCGUCUUCAGGCUGAAGCACAGAUACAGCGUCCUCUCUGCAGAACUCAAAUGGGAUUCCGGAACACCGAAUAAUGCAGAGGGUCCGGAGCAGGACGAGGACUCUCUUCACUACGCUGCUCUGAACGUUCAGUCUUCCUCCAGACGACAGAGAGUCAUGGCUCAGACAGACUGUGUUUACUCCAGCAGCUUUGCAGACUUCCUCUCAGCGACCGCUCUCUCCACAGAAGCUUUUGUGAGGAAGCCAAGCCACAGCGGACUUUAA